AGGGUGCCUAGGUAGGCCUUCUGCUGUAGCUGACUUCACCUCACUGGUUUCCAUUUUCGCAGUGAAAGGCAGACGGACCAGCAACAUGGAGCCGGAGAUGGAAGACAAAACGCUAGAGUUAAUGUGCUCUUUGCCUCGCUCUCUCUGGCUGGGCUGUUCUUCGGUGGCAGAGAGCCUGUGUGCGCUCAGGUGUCUGCAGAGCCUCCCUACUUCCCGGGCCCACAACCAGAACUUGACAGUUAUGGAAUCGCAGAAUCUGACCGAUGACCUCUCACCGAAGAAGACCACAGUCUUUAAGCUGGGGAACGGCCCUCUGUCCGGCUCUCGCAAGCGCUCGUUGCGGGCGAACUUUGAGAAGGAGAGGGAGAUGUGCAUCCAGAUGUUCGAGCAGUGGUCCGAGACCGAGCAGCUGGAAUUUGUGGAGCAUCUCAUCUCGCGCAUGUGCCACUACCAGCAUGGCCACAUCAACUCUUACCUCAAACCCAUGCUGCAGAGAGACUUUAUAACCGCGCUGCCAGCCCGAGGUCUAGACCACAUAGCAGAGAACAUCCUGUCAUUCCUGGAUGCACGUUCUCUGUGCUCAGCUGAGUUGGUCUGUCGGGAGUGGCAGCGUGUGAUCUCAGAGGGCAUGUUGUGGAAGAAGCUCAUAGAGAGAAUGGUGCGCACUGACCCACUGUGGAGAGGCCUGUCCGAGAGACACCAGUGGGAGAAGUACCUGUUCAAGAACCGCACAAACGAAGUGCCUCCCAACUCCUACUAUCACUCGCUCUACCCCAAAAUUAUCCAGGACAUUGAGACCAUCGAGGCGAACUGGCGCUGUGGCAGACACAACCUUCAGAGGAUUCAGUGCCGGUCAGAGAACAGCAAAGGGGUCUACUGCCUCCAGUACGACGAUGACAAGAUCAUCAGCGGCCUCCGAGACAACUCCAUCAAGAUCUGGGAUAAGCACACUCUGGAGUGCCUGAAGAUUCUGACCGGUCAUACUGGUUCAGUUCUGUGUCUGCAGUACGAUGACAGAGUUAUCGUGACGGGCUCCUCCGACUCAACCGUCAGGGUGUGGGACGUGAGCUCGGGGGAGGUGCUGAACACGCUCAUCCACCACAACGAGGCCGUGCUGCACCUGCGCUUCUGUAACGGCCUGAUGGUCACGUGCUCGAAGGACCGCUCCAUCGCCGUGUGGGACAUGGCCUCCGCCACCGACAUCAGCUUGCGCCGCGUGCUCGUGGGCCACCGCGCCGCCGUCAACGUCGUCGACUUUGACGACAAGUACAUCGUCUCCGCCUCCGGGGACAGGACUAUAAAAGUGUGGAGCACCAGUACAUGUGAGUUUGUGCGAACUCUGAAUGGACAUAAACGUGGCAUUGCGUGUCUGCAGUACAGAGACAGGCUGGUGGUCAGCGGCUCUUCCGACAACACCAUACGGUUGUGGGAUAUCGAGUGUGGUGCGUGUCUGCGUGUCUUAGAGGGUCAUGAGGAACUUGUCCGCUGCAUUCGGUUUGACAAUAAGAGGAUUGUUAGUGGAGCAUAUGAUGGGAAGAUUAAAGUGUGGGAUCUGCAGGCUGCCCUGGACCCCCGAGCUCCAGCCAGCACGCUCUGCCUGCGCACGUUAGUGGAGCAUUCUGGGCGUGUGUUCCGUCUACAGUUUGACGAGUUCCAGAUCAUCAGCAGUUCCCAUGACGACACCAUCCUUAUAUGGGACUUCCUGAAUGUCUCCCCCAAUGGGCAGACGGAGGGAAGAUCUCCUUCACGCACCUACACGUACAUCUCAAGAUAGCAGGUGCCUCUCAUGUGCGCCAGUGUGUCCUGGGAAAGCUGAGAGCUGACUGGCUGUUGGCCGUGUCCGUCACGGAAAAUUGGGGGCUGCCUCCUCUUUUUCAUCCCUUUGGUCUGUGAUGAGAAACUUCUCCAGUAACACUCGAUGUGUUUGCCUCGAAAACGCGUACACACCGAUGCUGAGCCAAAACGGAAAUGCUGUCACACACAUGUGCGCACACGCAUACGUAGAUGCAAAUAGCGCACUGCACACAAAGAUUUAACAGUUUUGCUCUAUAAUAUUGCAUUAAUUCUGUAUUCUCUUGCGCGCGCACACACAAACACACACACUCAGAAUGAGGUUUAUAAGCUUGAAAGUGUGUCUGUUGCCACAGUAUUGCUUGGAAGACCUUUAGAAUAUAACAUUAGGAAAAGCGUAUUCUGAAAAACGUCACUAACCACACGUGUGUACAUACAAAAGACACUGACAGAAGGCCGUUUUAUCCUCCUGCCUUCCUCCACUCCGGAACUGCUGGCUGGGAACUGCGGAACAAGGGAUGAAUUAAAUGCAGAGUUAGAGAAAGAGACUCUUGACAGAUCUGCCAAGGAGGAUGACGUGAAUGGUCUAGAUGGACAAGACUAGUGGAAUAAUGAUGACUCAAAGCUGUUUCUCUCUCUCUCUCUCUCUCUCUCUCUCUCUCGUCUCUGGUCAUAGACCCCUCUUCAGGACCAGGGACACGCUCGUAUUUAGGCUGUGGACAAUGUCAGUUAUGAACUGGAAGAACUGGUUUUGAAUUAUUUGUCUCGUUUCGUCUUGUCUCAUGGCUGAGACUGGCAUUGUGUGCAUGUGAGACAGUGGAGUCCCUAUCUCCUCUAAAGCAGCUUCUGUUCUGCUUUUUAUCUGUUGACUGAUUUUUAUUUAUUUUUUGUUUUUUUUUUAAAUUUAAUUAUACUUGUCUUCCCAUUUUGUAUGCUUGCACAAAACAUUGUAGAGCUCUGACUUCCCGUCAGUGGCGAGUGUAUUUGUUUCUCUGUCGUGCUCUUUCACACACUCACGCCUUCUCUCUCAUUCACUCUCGUCUCACACUUGUGCUCUCUCUUGCACUCUCUGUCUCUCGCACUCUCUCAGGCUUUCUCUUUCAACACUGCAUUGCCUCAUCUCUCUUUUUCUGAACCUUACACCCCUCUCUCUCUCUCUCUCCGUUUACCUGCUUGCUGUAUGGGGGCUUAUUCUAGUUGUAAACAAAACUGUCUUGUCACAAAUUGUGUAUAUUUAAUUUUUUUUUUUAAGUAAAAAUACAUUUAUUGUGAAUAAAGUAUAUGAGCGUGGUGGUGUUUUGACGCUGAA